GCUAGCACCCGAGGGGUCAUCGUGGCCUCCGACCCCGACGCCUCCGCUCUCUGCUCCUCGGGCUGGGACUGAGUCCCCCCGGCCGGUGAGAAGGCGGGGGGCACGGGCGAGGCGGAGGACGCGAGCGAUGGCAGUCACUCCUGAAGCCAUUGGCUUCUUGUCUGCUGUUGGGGUCUUUAUUGUUCUUCUGGCUGUCCUCUUCCUCUUUAUCAACAAGAAGCUGUGUUUUGAAACCAUAGGAGAUCUUCCAUUCCUGGGACAACGAGGAAAAAGAAAGCACUCUAAAGACAAGACUCAGAUCCACAAGGGGCUUGUUAACAGCUUUGAGGAUGACGAAGAACUUUCCACAUCUUCUGGCAGUGAUGAGGAUGUGAUCAAACAGUUUGAAAUUUCUGUAUCCCGGACCCAGAGUUUUCGUGCUGGAGCCGCUGAGAAAGGAAAACCAGGCAGAUUGGGGCAGAACCCAAAAUGCAGGCAUCUGCUUUCUACUCAUGAGGAAGACAGCACCGAAGCAUCCGCCUGUGAAGAUUUGGAUGGAACCAGCCAACUGAGUUGUUCUGAGAUUCGGUCUUGUGAAGAUCACCCUAUCUCCACCCCCUCACAGUCCUCAUGUGAAAGAGGAGAUUCCAGGUACCAUGUCACACCUCAGCAAGAGACCAGUGCGGUCCAAAGCCCCAGUCAUCAGCCCACAGAGGGGGGCUUGGAGAUGGAGGCAGCUUUCAAUACCCGUGGAUCUGAAGAUUCCUAUAUCACUGAUAGCUCCUCUGUAUGGAGUCCAGAGGAACAGGAUGGGACCAAUUUGCAGGUGCCCUCCAGGGCCUUGGAGCCGAUCUCGAAGUGCGGUGACCUAGAUGUCGUCUUUGAAUAUAAAGCUGCAACCCAGAAGCUCACAGUGACCAUUGUGAGAGCACAGGGCCUCCCCGAUAAGGCUCGAAGUGGGGUCAACAACUGGCAGGUUCACGUGGUGCUGCUGCCUAGUAAGAAACAGAGGGGCAGGACGAGCAUACAAAGAGGGCCCAACCCUGUCUUCAAGGAUAAGGUAACUUUUGCCAAGCUGGAGCACAGAGACGUGGCUGCCUGUGCUGUUCGUUUUCGCUUGUACGCUGCCCGGAAGAUGACCCGAGAGAGAAUGUUGGGAGAGAAGCUCUUCUAUCUCAGCCACCUGCGCCCAGAAGGGGAAAUGAAAGUGACUCUGGUCCUGGAGCCAAGGAGUAACAUAAGUAGUAGAGAGUCUCCGCUCAGCCCAUCUGCGGUUUCUCACAGUGAUAGUGCUUCAUCCACGCAGUCAUUGUCGCAUGGAGGGGCGCCAGAGAUAUUGGUGGGGCUGUCCUACAAUGCCACAACGGGCCGAUUAUCUGUGGAAAUGAUCAAGGGGAGCCAUUUCCGAAAUCUUGCUGUUAACCGAGUGCCUGACACAUAUGGAAAACUCUUCCUCCUCAAUUCUGUGGGUCAAGAGAUGUCCCGUUGCAAGACAUCCCUUCGACGUGGUCAGCCCAAUCCCGUGUACAAGGAGACCUUUGUCUUUCAAGUGGCCCUUUUCCAGCUCUCUGAUGUCACUCUGAUGAUUUCCAUUUAUAACAGGCGUACUAUGAAACGUAAAGAAAUGAUUGGCUGGAUUGCUCUGGGUCAGAACAGCAGUGGAGAGGAGGAGCAAGAUCACUGGGAAGAAAUGAAGGAGAUCAAAGGCCAGCAGGUGUGCAGAUGGCACACAUUGCUGGAAUCCUAGACUGGUCCAUUGGUGUUCAUGUGCUAUGUCUGCGUCAGUCAUCUGUGUUCCUGGCUGUCGACACCAAGUCAGUGCAUCUGAGCAAGCUUUUCAGGCUUUCGGAUAGAGAUUGUCCUAACCCUAAAACAUUCUGAGUGGGAGCUUGGCUUUCUACAGUUGGAUUUAGAUUUAAAUAUUGUAAUAAGAGGCUGCAAUACCCAGCUAAGUGUACUGCAUGGAAAAUGUUUCCAUACUUGAGCCCACUGAUGGUGAGUUAAUUUGUGCUAAUAGAUUAUUGAGUCUGGGUUCACACUACGGGAUGAAGCUUCUCCCGCUGUUCUCUGUUUCUUGGAGAAUAAUGUGAGAUUUCAAGGGAGCUGUUAAAUGUUACUAUUUGCAGUCACUUAGGUAUGUGUCGGAGUUUUCUCCACAAAAAUUCUGAAGUACAAAAAUGAAUCAGAUGCGAAGACGUGUAGAAAAACACACUGUAAUCUUAUUUCACAUUUUUCUCUUUAUCGAAAACUAUUUACCUAAAAAAUAAAUGUUCUAAGUUGGGCUUAUAAAAUAAAUUUGUAUUAAUCAUGUACCUCUUUUAUCUCACUUAUAUCUUAUGGUUUCCAUGAGAUUUGGUUAUAUGAAUCACUUUUAAGCUGGAAAAAAAGUGAAAAAUGACUGUUGUCAAAUUUGUCUCCUUUUUUCAUAUGUAAGAUUUCAAGUGUGUAACUUGUUGGGUUUUUAUGCUGUCUUUUUCAUCUAAUAAAUUCUAAUGAAUGAAAAUACCAAAAAAAAUCUACUUAUAAAUUUUUCUGAAUCUAGUGUUUUGGGGG